UUCUGAUUUUCAAAACAGAAAGUUAUAUAAACCCUCCCUUUCUCUCUACUCUAACACAAUUCAUUCGUAGCCAAUUCUUAUUCUUUUUCUCUCUUUCUCUCUGCUUGCGGCGCUUCACAAGCCAAAUCUAACUUGUCUCUGUUUUCUCCGAUCUAGUACUACUAUCAAUGGCCGGAAAAGGAGAUGGUCCUGCUAUCGGAAUCGAUCUCGGCACCACCUACUCCUGCGUCGGAGUGUGGCAGCACGACCGUGUCGAAAUCAUCGCCAAUGACCAGGGUAACAGAACCACGCCGUCUUACGUCGCUUUCACUGAUUCCGAGCGUUUGAUCGGUGACGCCGCCAAGAACCAGGUCGCCAUGAACCCCGUCAACACCGUAUUCGAUGCUAAGCGUUUGAUUGGAAGGAGAUUUUCUGAUGCCUCCGUUCAGAGUGACAUGAAGCUAUGGCCAUUUAAGGUCAUCCCUGGUCCUGCUGACAAACCUAUGAUUGUGGUCAACUACAAGGGUGAGGACAAGCAGUUCUCCGCUGAGGAAAUUUCUUCCAUGGUUCUCAUGAAGAUGCGUGAGAUUGCCGAGGCUUAUCUCGGUUCCACAGUGAAGAAUGCCGUGGUCACUGUUCCCGCUUACUUCAAUGACUCCCAGCGUCAGGCCACGAAGGAUGCUGGAGUCAUUGCGGGUCUCAAUGUCAUGCGUAUCAUCAAUGAACCCACCGCUGCUGCCAUUGCUUACGGUCUUGACAAGAAGGCCACCAGUGUGGGUGAGAAGAACGUGUUGAUUUUUGACUUGGGUGGCGGUACCUUUGAUGUCUCUCUUCUCACCAUUGAGGAGGGUAUUUUUGAGGUCAAGGCCACUGCCGGAGAUACUCAUCUUGGAGGAGAAGAUUUUGAUAACAGGAUGGUUAACCAUUUUGUUCAGGAAUUCAAGAGGAAGCACAAGAAGGACAUCAAUGGAAACCCUAGGGCUCUUAGGAGGUUGAGGACUGCCUGUGAAAGGGCGAAGAGGACCCUAUCAUCUACUGCACAAACCACAAUUGAGAUAGAUUCUCUUUAUGAGGGUGUUGACUUCUACACCACAAUCACCCGUGCCAGGUUUGAGGAGCUCAACAUGGAUCUCUUCAGGAAGUGUAUGGAGCCCGUUGAGAAGUGUUUGAGGGAUGCUAAGAUGGACAAGAGCACUGUCCAUGACGUUGUCCUUGUUGGUGGAUCCACUAGAAUUCCUAAAGUGCAGCAAUUGUUGCAGGAUUUCUUCAAUGGCAAGGAGCUUUGCAAGAGCAUUAACCCCGAUGAGGCCGUUGCUUAUGGAGCAGCUGUACAGGCUGCUAUUUUGAGUGGUGAGGGCAACGAGAAGGUGCAGGAUUUGCUGUUGUUGGAUGUUACACCCCUUUCUCUUGGUUUGGAAACUGCCGGCGGCGUCAUGACUGUUCUCAUUCCCAGGAACACGACUAUUCCCACCAAGAAGGAGCAAGUGUUCUCUACUUACUCAGACAACCAACCUGGUGUCUUGAUUCAGGUGUAUGAGGGAGAGAGAGCUAGAACCAGGGACAACAAUUUAUUGGGUAAAUUUGAGCUUUCUGGCAUUCCCCCAGCACCCAGGGGUGUUCCUCAGAUUACUGUCUGCUUCGAUAUCGAUGCCAAUGGUAUCUUGAAUGUCUCUGCCGAGGACAAGACCACAGGGCAGAAGAACAAGAUCACCAUCACCAACGACAAGGGUAGACUAUCGAAGGAUGAGAUUGAGAAGAUGGUCCAAGAGGCAGAGAAGUACAAGGCCGAGGAUGAGGAGCACAAGAAGAAGGUCGACGCAAAAAAUGCUUUGGAGAACUAUGCCUACAACAUGAGGAACACCAUUAAGGAUGAGAAGAUUGCAUCAAAGCUUUCUGAUGACGACAAGAAGAAAAUCGAAGAUGCCAUCGAGAGUGCUAUUCAGUGGUUGGAUGGAAACCAGCUAGCGGAGGCUGACGAGUUCGAAGACAAGAUGAAGGAGCUUGAGAGCAUUUGCAACCCAAUCAUUGCCAAAAUGUACCAGGGUGCAGGUGCUCCCGACAUGGCUGGAGGCAUGGAUGAAGAUGUUCCUCCAUCUGGAUCCGGUGGUGCUGGCCCCAAGAUCGAGGAAGUUGAUUAAAUUGUUUCAUUAUAUAGAUGGGAUGGGCUUGUGUUGGAUCUAUUCCGUUUUUUUUCCUUUAUUUUAUUUGGUCUAGAAUAUUGGCCCAUUAUUUUGGUUACUAACACCAGGUAUGGUGAUUGGUAAUUCUUUUUUUUUUUUGGUUUUGAAUAGUUUAUCCAGAUUUCACCUCGAUGGAGACUUGUUUAAAUUUUUUUGCCAAAGAACAAUUUUAUGGGCCGAAUCUUGGCGUUCCUAUUUAA